GGAAGCAGUGAGAAAUAAUUACCUGCCUUGAUUGUUCUAUGGCUAGAUAAAAAAGUACACAUAGACUCCAUAUAAUAAUCGGAUGCAUGUAAAAGAGUGGCGAAGCUUCGACAUGUCGACCACGGGUCCCAUAACUAAUUAUUAUGUGGACUCUCUGAUCAGCCAUGAAAGCGACGAUGUCCUUGCAGCGACUCGGUUUUCAGCGCCCGGUUCGCACCCAGGCGGCCCUCGUCCGACGUCUCUAGUACCGGAGUGUGCCGACUAUCCUUCCUGCAGCUUCGCACCCAAGCCUCCCGUCUUCUCCACCUCCUGGGCCCCCGUGCACUCCCAGUCAUCAGUGGUUUAUCAUCCAUACAGUCACCAGCCCCACUUAGGCACAGACUCGAGGUAUAUGCGCUCAUGGCUGGAGCCGAUAUCCGGCGCCGUGCCUUUCCACGGCUAUGCGGGGAACAGCCGCCACUACGGGCUCAAACCCGACGCCUUUCAGGAGCACAGCAGAGCCGGAGAAUGCCUUGGCUCCAACGGUCGAUCCUACCCGGAUUAUCUGUACUGCUCAUCCUCUGACAUGCGAGACAAGACGCAGCAGAAUGUCCCCUCUCCCGAGUCGGAGCUCCUGGCUUCAGGAAAACAUAGAGACGAGAAGCCGGAGCUCGAUCCGAAUAACCCGGUGGCAAACUGGAUACAUGCCCGUUCCACAAGGAAGAAGCGAUGUCCAUAUACAAAGUACCAGACUCUGGAACUGGAAAAGGAGUUUUUGUUCAAUAUGUACCUUACCAGGGACCGCCGGUAUGAGGUGGCUAGGGUCCUAAAUCUGACCGAAAGACAGGUCAAAAUCUGGUUUCAGAAUCGGCGAAUGAAGAUGAAGAAAAUGAACAAAGAAAAGAGCGACAGCAAAGAACAAUAAUGUGGACAGAAGAAAAAAAA